AGACCCAUUUGGUUGUCUUUGUCAUAUAUGUAUUACAAUACGGGCUCGUCCAGUCGUUAGAAAGAAAUUACAAUAUUAACAAACAUUUGCUUUUGUACUUUUAUUGAGAUGAGAAGAAGGAUGUCUUCCAAUGCUGAGGCUUGCUUAGCUAGCUCCGCCGCGAAAGACGCAGUCCGUGAGAAGGAUUGCUUGGAGCGCAAGUCUUUGGUGGUUUGGCGGCGACCAUUGAGAACUCUGCAGUACAGCAUCCUAGAGUUGUUUGGCAUGUUGAUUGGCCUUGGAUCACGUCUCUUGAACCGCCGUUUCUUGGGCAGCCUGCUGGCCUUGGUGAUUAUCUAUAAAUUACCAGGACCGCAUGCAUCCUAUAUGGAGAUGGGUCGUCAAAAUCUCGGCUUUAUCGUUUACUGGAUGGGCCUGGGCCUGUUGUCCUCGGUGGGCUUUGGCACCGGGCUGCACACAUUUCUGUUGUAUCUGGGACCGCAUCUGGCUGCCGUUACUCUGGCCGCCUACGAAUGCCACUCACUGGACUUUCCGGCGCCGCCGUAUCCGGAUCAGAAGAUAUGUCCACAGGAGCCGUACAUACGUAAAAUGCCCAACAUCUGGCAGAUCUUGUCAAAGGUGCGCACCGAGACCAUGUUCUGGGGCGUGGGCACAGCUCUGGGCGAACUGCCGCCCUACUUCAUGGCCAGGGCGGCGCGCCUCUCCGGCAAGUCUCUGCAGCAGGAGGAGGGUCCGCCGGAGAAGUCUAGGCGUCUGACUUUAUUUGACAAGAGCAAACUCCUAGUGGAGCGCGUGGUGCUGCGCAUCGGAUUCUUUGGCAUUCUGCUGUGUGCCAGCGUGCCGAAUCCGCUCUUCGAUCUAGCUGGAGUGGCCUGCGGCCAUUUCCUGGUGCCCUUCUGGAAGUUCUUUGUGGCCACGCUGAUCGGGAAGGCGGUGUUCAAGUCCAACAUUCAGCAGCUGAUUGUGAUUGUGGCAUUCAGCGAGGAUCUGAUUGGUGUUCUGGUCAAGGCGCUCGGCCAGGUGCCCUUCAUUGGCUCCAAAAUCCAGGCACCCCUCCACAACCUGUUGACCUCCACCAAGCAGCGCAUGCACCACAAGAUGAGCGAAGGCAAGCGAGAAAGCGACGCCGCGUACACUGGGUUCGGUAUAGUGACGCAUCUCUUCCAGCUGCUGGCCCUGUUCAUUGCCUUCUACUUUGUGGUCUCGGUGCUGAAUGCCCUGGCCCAGAAGCGUUGCAAGCGACUGCAGCUGGAGAAGAUGGAGAAGGACGAGCUAGCCGCGAAAGCCGAGAAAGAUGAUUCGCCAAAGGCGACACAUAGAGGUUUGCCUAUUAUUGAAGAGGAGACUAUUGAGGAAAUCAAUGCCUAACCCAAUCACAUAUAUACAAAUCUGGAGAGCCUUUCACAUGUCCUGAAUAUAUAUUACAUAUUCUGAUGAUCAAAUUGGCAUUUAUUGUAUGGUCGCUGGAACUGGAAUCGGAUUCAAAUAAAACAUGCAAUUGAAAUUUGUUGUAUUGUUUAUUUCAUUAUCAUUAGUUCUGUUUUGAAUUUGGAUUUCUAUUGUUCUUGAAAUGUAAUUCAAUGCCAUCAUAAUUUAAUAUCCAUUGUACAUUUACAUUCAACAGCGAUUUAACACAAAGCCAAGCACUUUACUUAAUGCGAUCGAUCUUAUUGUUUGUUUAUAUUAUUUGAGUUUCAUUUAGGUUACGAUUUUCUCUGGUGCGUACAAAAUACGAUAUUCGAUCUCAGCUAAGUUCCUAUGCACAUGACUGACUGACCAUAUGUAGAUACGCAUAUAUGUAUGUAUGUUUGUAUAGCGCAAGUCUAUGAUGAAUUGUGGUAUCCGGCGUAUUCAGCGAAUUCCGAUAUAAAAACCAUACUUACAAUAAGUACAUUCAAAUGGUACUAUCUUUUGGUAUAAAAACCCAUAUGCACACACUCCUACGCCUACGCCUACGACUGACUACAUCUAAAUUGCGUCUAACAUAUUCCACUAUAAUUUUCUUAUAUGCAUGACCUUAUCGUAUUAUACCCUAUUUAGUUGCGCUCGCGGAUCAGUUGAUUCGAUCCUAGUCGAACUGGUCGUGGUUAGUUCGGUUCUCAUCUGUUUAUUACAAAUCAACCAAGUUUUAAAAAUUAAAUAAGGUAUACGAUAUACGGCGUACGGUGUACGA